CCGUGUUUUGUUUGUCUGUCUGCGCAGCAGUGAUGAAAUCGCGGGGUCUGCUGCUAGAUCGGUACAAACGGAGGAAAUCUCUCAUGACUUCCCGCUCAUGAGGACUCCGGUAACCGCAGAGGACGCACGGAGCAGGACUGAACGGGAGCAUCGCCGGGGCUCUGGAGUCAGGUGCUGCUGGGUGAGAGUCUGACUAGGCAUUUUCUCCCCGGUGACAGAGACAAUCUCAGCGGCGCAUCUUCCCACAUCCUCCUCCCCUCCCUUCUCCUCUCCUCCGCUGCCCUCCAAGGCUGCAGCCCACCGACCAUGGCCCUGGUGACUCUGCAGCGCUCUCCCACCCCAAGUGCAGCAUCCUCGGCCAGCACGACCAACAGCAGUGCGGGGGAGGAUUUUGGAAGUGAUGAUGAGCGGAAAAAUAAUCAGAGCCUCAGUGAGAGCUUCUUCAUGGUCAAAGGAGCCGCCCUCUUCCUCCAACAGGGCGGCAGCACACAAGGACCAAAGACCCCGACCCACCACAAACUUGCAGGUGAUUUACCUCAACACCUGCAGGUCAUGUUUAAGAUCCUCCGGUCUGAAGAUCGCAUUAAGCUGGCUGUACGGUUGGAGAGCGGAUGGUCGGACCGGGUGCGCUACAUGGUCGUCAUCUAUACCAACGGCCAUCAAGACACAGAGGAAAAUAUCGUUGUGGGAAUGGACUUCACAGACAAGGACAGUAAAAAAUGCUCUAUUGGGAUGGUGCUGCCACUGUGGAGUGAUACCAACAUACAUUUAGAUGGAGAUGGAGGCUUCAGUGUGAACACGGCAGGGCGGUCACAUGUCUUUAAGCCUGUAUCUGUGCAGGCCAUGUGGUCUGCCCUGCAGGUCCUCCACAAGGCAUGCGAGGUGUCACGCCGGUUCAACUACUUCCAAGGGGGCAUUGCUCUCACGUGGAUGGCCUUCUAUGAGAGCUGCAUCACCUCAGAGCAAAGCUGUGUCAAUGAGUGGAAUGCUAUGAGUGACCUGGAGACCACCCGGCCCGACUCACCCUCCAUGUUCGUCGACCGGCCAACUGAGCGAGAGAGAACAGAGUGUCUCAUUAAAGCCAAGCUACGCAGCAUCAUGACGUUUCAAGACCUGGAGAACAUCACCUCGAAGGAGAUCCGUAACGACCUGGAGCAGCAUAUGAGCUGUAACCUCAAAGAGUACAAAGAGUUCAUCGACAAUGAGAUGCUUUUGAUCCUGGGUCAGAUGGACAAGCCCACGCUUAUCUUUGACCAUGUGUACUUGGGCUCGGAGUGGAAUGCUUCUAACCUGGAAGAACUACGUGACUGCGGGGUGGGUUACAUCCUGAAUGUUACCAGAGAGAUUGACAACUUCUUCCCGGGGAUGUUUUCUUAUCACAACAUCCGGGUAUUCGAUGAGGAUGCCACCGACCUACUGGCCCAUUGGAACGACACCUACAACUUUAUUGUCAAAGCCAAGAAGAACAAUUCCAAGUGCCUGGUGCACUGUAAGAUGGGGGUGAGCCGGUCUGCCUCUACAGUUAUUGCCUAUGCAAUGAAGGAGCAUGGCUGGUCUCUGGAGAAAGCCUACAACUUUGUCAAGCAGAAACGGAGUAUAGCUCAGCCAAACGCUGGUUUCAUGAGACAGCUGGCAGAGUACGAGGGAAUCCUGGACGCAAGUAAACAGCGCCACAACAAGCUAUGGAGACCUGAAACAGAUGAGGAGGGAUCAGAUGAUUUGCAAGCAUCUGGCCACUGUACUGGUGGGAAGGAGACACCAGUGCUCAGAGGGGAAGAAGCCUGGGGAGGCUGCAAGGCCUCUCCAUGCAGGGGUAUGGGUCUGGAGAUGGAGCCCCUUGACUCUCUUAACUAUAAUUAUUACUUCAGGCGUUUGUCAGACUCUGCACUAGACAGUGAGCCCUCCACUCCAGUGCGGGGUCCCCCUCUGCUGGGUAUGGAAAGAGUUUUCAUUGAGAUUGAAGACGUGGAGAGGGAUGCCCUAUUGGAGGACGAGGGUUUCCCCAUGGCCCAUUUAGCCCUGCCUGGCGAGGGCACGGCAGCUCAGACGUGUGGCCGCCUCGACCCCCUGGAGGACAUGAGACUAAGGCUCGAGAUCAGUACUCUGGAGGAAGAGGAUGAGGAAGAGGCCAAGAAAGAGGAAGCUGAGAUGGCGGCCUUGGCUCAAACACCUGGAAAUUCGGAUGGGAAGAGGGCGGGGGAGGAGGCCGAGAGGACGGAGGAAAGCCGGUUAGGCCUCGCCAACCUGAACACCAACAACAGCAACCGCCUAGCCGCCAAGCGCAGCUGCCCAGCGGCUUUUGACGACAGUGCUAGCACAGGAAACCCUUUAAAAGUGAAGCCCUCCUAUCAGUCCUGUAAAGACUGCCUGCGUCUACCACAAGGGCGGCGCUGUGAUCGUCCAGCAGGAGGCCGUUCUCACCGCCUUAACCCCUCCCGCCACUGCACUGUCCCGACCAUAUGCAUAGAUCCGCCUGGGACCCAUUUUGCCUCCACCCCAAUUCUGCAGUCUCUGCAAGCCCCUGCAGUUGUCCCACCUAACUUGGUCCAGCCCUGUAGUCAUUUGUACCGCUGUGCCACCUGCACCCCCGGUGUCCCACUAACCAACCGCCAGAAAAUGGUCUCACCCAUGAGCUGUGAGGAGACGCCACCUGACCGCAGCUCGUUUGAGACCGAGGACAUGGAUGAACCACAGGGGGACAACGCGGGAGAAGAAAUAUCAAGGGAGAGUACAGGGGCCAUCAGUGCGACUCCUGGUGAAGGUUUAGAGUUACAACCUGGUGGUGCAGUGGAGCUCCAGCAGCAGGCCCUGGCCCAGCUGCAAAUGCCAGGAAUGGGGAUAGAAUUUGGUCUGGAACUGAUGCGACAGAGGGCGGAGCAGCUUGAGAAGCUGCCAAGCUUGGCCAUGGAGGGCCAGCUCCCAGUGGGGCCCCUCCCUUAAUACAGUGGCCCGGGCAUGGAUGAGAUGGAGGUGGAGGCUUACCUCCAGCAGGUACACUAUGAUGGCUGUUGGCCUUUUUAGAUGACUGCCGCUGUGGUGUCGUACAAGAAACAAAGCUCUGCUUUGACCUGUACUGUCAUAUCCUGGCCUCAUAGCUGCACUGUCACAAGCUGCAACAGCCCUCUCCUUUCAAGAGAGUGUCCUGUCAUUGCCUACUGGCAUUAAAUCCAGACGAGGCUGGUUGUUUUGACCAUACGCUUAAGGCUUGAAUGCUUCUGGCCAGGUAAGGACUGAAGACUUUCCCGUAUCCUUCCGAUUGUCCCUCAGACUGGAUUGAGCCCCUUCUGGCCUCUUCGGAGCCUGCUGGCCCCACACCACAUACAGGAUCAUCACACUUCCCCACAGCCCUGUGGAGAUGAGUGUUAUGCUGCCAUUUUACCCUCAACAGACAGGUUUGGCAUAUUCCCAAGACAGCAGACAGUGGUGGUUGUUGUUCCUUUCUGACUCCUGAGAAAGCUAUAGCUAGCACUUUGAUGUUGAUGGAAAGAAAAAUACCUGAAGUAACAUGCUUCUGUCAGUGUACUGUAUGUUUUUCAAUCCAGCUCAUCAACAGUAUUCAUGAAGGAAACUCAAUGAAUGUUUGCAGUUGAGCCAUUUUGAUUGCAUUGCAACAUCUCCUCAUGUUAUCACUGAUAGCUGAAUCCUCACUAACCUUCACUCAUAUUUUUCCCUGCUACAGCUGCUUUUGCAUUACGAAAGGGCAUUCCACGUGGAAGCAUAAUUAUUUUUAAAAAGGAUGUGAGCCUUUUUAUGCCUCUUUGUAAAGCGUUGUACCUCGGACCACAAGCAUCUCGGAACUGUUUUGGUCAAAGACUCUUUUGUUGUCUCUGCUCAGUGGCUGGUUCACCCUGACCUUCUCCAUUAAAGUUAACAUAAUCAUGUACUUAGAGCACUCACUUUGUCACCACGCAUGACUUAUGUGCAGUAUUACAAAACAUAUUGUCAACAUCCUUUGAAAGAAAACGUAUUUAAGUUGUCUUUUUUUGAAAUGCUGAAAGUUUUGGCGUUGAAAUGUAUCGUUAUUCAGUUUAAAUGACAACAAUCCUUCGUGAGAUGGAUGGUCAAUUGGUUUUAUGCCUAAAAGAAUGACAAAAAAAAAGACUGAAGUUGUUCAGACUUUACAUUCAUUCAUUCAGUUGUCAGGAAACAAAUGUAAUCUUAUUUUCCACUCUUGGUCUGAUCACUUCCUGAUGAACCAAAGCCAUAUCAUGUUGCCAGGUCCAGUUAAUCCCCUUCGUGAUUUAAAUGCUUCUCUUACUUUCUUACCCAGUCUGCAUCUGGGUAGUCCUUAAUCGAAGAGGCUCCCAUGGCAAACAUGACUUAAGCGGUUACAUUUUUGGUCACAUGUUGAAAAACCACAGGCUACCUUUCCUUGAACCCACAGACAUUUGCAAAGGCACACUAAUCAUGUAGAAAUUUAGCACUUGAGCACAACUCUAGUAUCCAUUCACACAUUUCAGAUCUAUAGCUAUGUUUAAUUAAAAUAAUUUGAGAACACUAAAGCAGAAAUAGACAUGACAAGUAGUUCCAUUCUUUGCUUGCAGUGGAGAGUCCAUCAUUGUGAGUGUAGUUUAUUUGAUUAUUAUAUUAUUAUAAUAUUGAGUUACACAUUACCAAAUUAAAUAUUUCUAUUUACAGUGGGAACAUUUGGAAAUAUAUUCUUAAUUUACAAUACUAGAUGUCCCUAUUUUAAAUACAGAAAAAGUAACUUAUUAAGAAGACUGCAAAGCCUGGCACUCACAGGUUUUUCCAACUCUUUUCCUCAUGUUAUUUAGUCCAUUUUGUACAUGUUCGGACAGCCUGAGGCAUGUUUUUUUCAAAUUAUGCCACCAAUCCAAAGUUGCUGUGCCACAGUGUGUUGCUCUACUAGUUCUUCUGUUUGGGUGAUGUUGUGUUCCUACUGUUUUUUGGCACGCUGGGUGUGCUAGAAUGGUACUGAAUGAUGCCUGUUUGUAUGCAGGAAAAGCACAUGCGAGUGUUAUUACUGUGUUUAAAGAUCUGAGUGAAUCAGAAGAAAUAAAAACUGUGCAAAGAAUGAAUGGCAAUUAUUUAAUCAUCUUUAACCAUAAGGUUAUUGUAUUUUUUUUGUUUGUUGGUAGAUUUAGCUUUUCUUUAGUUAAGCAGAAACGUCAAUGCAUCCUCUGGUCCUUCUCCUCCCUUUACUGGACCCCAGGGAGCUGCAGGUUUGCACUGCUAGUUAGAUUUAAAUAAUUUGGCUUUGUUCUUUUCCUCACGUGAGCAUAAUGUAACGUAAGGCACUUACAAAGUUGUUGACAGCAGCUGAUACUGCAAACAUUUGAAAUGCAGCCAUUUUUAAAGAAAAAAGUUACAUAAAAUAUUGCAGCUGUAAGAAUUAAAUAAUGUUAUAAAGUGGCAACCUAGAGACAUGAGUGUGGUAUCUUUUUCAUCUAACUCCCAGCAAGAACUCAAAGAAGUGUAUCUCCCAAAAUGUUAAACUCU